UCGGAGGCGGCGGCCGCUGUGGAGGAAGUUUCCGCUUUGCACUCCACCCCGGUAGCAGCUUAGCGCCGGGGACAGCUUCCUCCCGCACUUCGCGGGCUUUGCAGCCGCUUCACUUCAGCCCGUCCGGACCAUGGGGUUGCCCAAGGGACCGGAGGGCCAGGAUCUCCCAGAGGUGGAAACAAGGGAAGAUGAAGAACAAAAUGUCAAGUUGACUGAAAUUCUGGAACUCUUGGUUGCAGCUGGGUAUUUCAGGGCAAGAAUUAAAGGCUUGUCACCUUUUGACAAGGUAGUAGGAGGAAUGACUUGGUGCAUCACCACUUGCAACUUUGAUGUAGAUGUUGAUUUGCUCUUUCAGGAAAACUCUACAAUAGGUCAAAAAAUAGCUCUCUCAGAAAAAAUUGUCUCAGUCCUGCCGAGGAUGAAAUGUCCACACCAGCUGGAGCCCCACCAAAUCCAGGGGAUGGAUUUUAUUCAUAUAUUUCCUGUUGUUCAGUGGCUGGUAAAACGAGCUAUAGAAACAAAAGAAGAGAUGGGUGACUACAUCCGCUCCUACUCUAUAUCCCAGUUCCAGAAAACCUACAGUCUCCCUGAGGAUGAUGACUUUCUAAAGAGAAAAGAAAAGGCCAUCAAGACAGUUGUUGACCUUUGGGAUGUUUACAAGCCUCGUCGGAAAUACAAACGCCAAGAGGGAGCAGAGGAGCUGCUUGAUGAAGAAUCUCGAAUCCAUGCUACACUGUUGGAAUAUGGCAGGAGAUAUGGAUUUAGCCGCCAGAGCAAAACAGAGAAGACUGAGGACAAGAAAACAAUACUUCCUACAGCAGCAGAAAAAGCUGAUGCCCACGAUGAAGAUGAGAUUCAAGCAGCUGAAGAGCAGCGUAUUCAGUCACUGAUGACCAAGAUGACUGCCAUGGCCAGUGAGGAGAGCCGUCUUACUGCAAGCUCCGUGGGCCAGAUCGUGGGACUCUGCUCUGCUGAGAUCAAGCAGAUAGUGUCUGAAUAUGCUGAGAAGCAAUCCGAGCUAUCAGCUGAAGAAAGUCCAGAAAAAUUAGGAACCUCUCAACUACAUCGUCGGAAAGUCAUGUCCUUAAACAAGCAGAUUCUGCAGAAGACCAAACAUCUGGAAGAGCUGCAAGCAAGUCAUACCAACCUUCAAACCAGAUAUAAAGAAGCAAAGAAAACACUGACAGAGCUGAAGAGUUAUAGUGAGAAACUGGACAAAGAGCAAGCAGCCCUCGAGAAGAUAGAAUCCAAAGCUGAUCCAAGUAUUCUGCUUAACUUGAGAGCACUUGUAGCCAUGAAUGAAAAUCUGAAAAGUCAAGAACAGGAGUUUAAAGCACAUUGUCGAGAGGAGAUGACACGGCUACAGCAGGAAAUUGAAAACCUGAAAGCUGAGAGAGUCAGACAUGAAAAGACUCCGCCCAGUGGAGACCCACAUGGUGCCCUGACCUCUGUGAUGGCUCAUGACGAAGAUCUAGACAGACGAUAUAAUAUGGAGAAAGAGAAACUUUACAAGAUCCGUUUACUACAGGCUCGAAGAAAUCGAGAAAUAGCCAUUUUGCACCGCAAGAUUGAUGAGGUCCCCAGCCGAGCCGAGCUAAUACAGUAUCAGAAGAGAUUUAUUGAACUCUACCGCCAGAUUUCAGCAGUGCACAAAGAAACCAAGCAGUUCUUCACUUUAUAUAAUACCUUGGACGAUAAAAAGGUUUAUUUAGAAAAAGAGAUUAGCCUGCUGAACUCAUUUCAUGAGAACUUCUCACAAGCCAUGGCCUCCCCAGCUGCCCGGGACCAGUUUUUACGUCAGAUGGAACAGAUUGUAGAAGGAAUCAAGCAAAGUAGAAUGAAGAUGGAAAAGAAGAAGCAGGAAAACAAAAUGAGAAGAGACCAGUUGAAUGACCAGUACUUGGAGCUGUUAGAAAAACAGAGGCUUUACUUUAAGACUGUGAAAGAGUUCAAAGAGGAGGGCCGCAAGAACGAGGUGCUGCUGUCCAAGGUGAAAGCCAAGGCCUCCUGAACCUUCCUCAGCUGUCGUCUGUGUCAUUGAGUUUUCUUUAACACCAUAGAUCGACUACAAGGUCAUGAACUGCUUCUGAAAGCGGCUAGAGGACUGCAGGUGUGAUGAUUUCAGUGCCCUGUUUCAGCUCCGUGCUGGCCGUUGUUGAUGGGAUCAAGCAGUGCAGACGUGGGUCUAAGCCAGGGUCACUCGCUCCAUCACGUGAAGAAACGCGACAGGACUCGUUCUCUAUGUCAGUUCAACUUUUAGUUCUCCAGUUAACAUUGCGCUUACAAAGGUACCUGUAUCUCUACAGACUCUGAAUAAAGAAGAAUUUAUUUGUUCAGCAAG